AUGGCCAUUGAACGGGGUGCUCAAAAACCCAUACGAAGACCGCCGGGUAGACCCCGGCGAAUGGUUUUUAUUGAAGAGGAGCACCGAAAAUCGGAAUAUCGAUAUUGGUGGAUGGUCGUUUUUGGUUUCUACAUUCUGCUAUCGGAAACUGGUGUUCGGCAGGUUAUGAAUGGAUUCGUCACACCAAUUAUGGAAUCGUUGAAUAGUACUAAAUCUGAGACUGACGCCGCACUAAUAACAAUUCCAAUAUCUACUAGCCUUGUGUCAGGACCAUUUUCUUCGGCUGUUUAUCAGCGAGUAGGAGCCCGAAUAAGUAUACUUAUUGGAGCUAUGCUUUGCUUCAUCGGAUAUAUUGCUGGAACAUUUUGCCGCCAAAUCUACACAAUGAUGGCAUUAGCUAUACCAAUUGGAAUUGGUUGCGGAUUGAUGCGCUGCUCAAUUAUCUCUGUCCAAUGUGAAUACUUCAAAAAGAAAAGAAAUGCAGUGAUGUCAUUCAUAUCAAUUGGACCUGGUAUUGGUAUAUUUGUAUUGCCGCGAAUUCAAAAAUGGAUCAUGGAUAUGGAAGAUGGUGCUUGGGAACCAGCAUGGUAUUUUCUUGCCGGACUUUAUGUGAUUAGUGGAAUUAUGGCUUUAUUUAUCACACGAAAACCUUCAUCACAAACUGGAGGAUGUUCGCUACCAGAAACAAAAGUUUUGAAAAAAGUGGAAUUCGAUUUGCAUCUUGUCGCAUCAUUUCUAGCUGCUGGCGUCAAUUUUAUUUACAUUUCAAACAUAUUGAUUUUAAUGGAAAAGGAAAACAUUGAAGACAAGGAAACUGUGUACGGCUAUCAAGGAAUUGCAACGAUUAUCGGCAAAUUCGUGAUGACUUUUGUGAUGAGCACGGAUAAAUUUAAAAUCGGUUAUGUUAUAAUCGUGAGCUAUUUGAUUGCACAGCCUUCGCUUUUCUCCGGAGUUUUUUGCUAUUCUCUCUGGCAGUUUAGACUUCAAAAUUUCUUCUCCGGAAUUGGACUUGGAUUAUACCAAGCAGCUAGUGUACCUUUUAUUGUUGCUAUGGUUGGACCAUCUCAAUUGGCAUAUGCUCUUGGGUACACCAGUUUUGUAAAUGGUCUCGCCAUUGUGAUCAUGUGGUGGAUUUCAAACAAAUUCGUUGAGAUAGGCAAUAGUGAAGAUUCACGCAAUGUCUUUUAUAUUUCCAUAUAUAUGGGCUGUGCCGCUAUCGUUGUCGGCGUCGUCACAUCUUUUGUAUUGAUGUCGAAAGAGAAACAUAAACGCAAACCGUCAAUGAAACAGAUGAGGCAUUCGUCGGAGCUCAAUGCACUUUCCAACAUUAACUCGGUUGAAAAUUGCUAA